AUGGCCAACUACCCCAAGACUUACUCGGAGAUAUCUGACGACUUCUUACUCGAGGAUGAGGUGGAUGAAAUGCCCACAUCACAGCCCACAAAAUCGGCCUCUGCAGGCUCUGACUCUGCCCCAAUAACCACUGAGGUCCUAACAACACUCCUAGCAGGCCUCCAGAACACCACAUUGGUGGACAAAGCAAAGAUCUGCGAGGACCUUAAAGGCCUAUCAAACAGGAUAACAAACACUGGGGAGCAAGCCCUGCAAAUUACCUCCCUACAACGGAGGAAGGUAAAACAUAUGACCAACACUUUGCAGAUGUGGAAGACACGAGGCGCAGAACAAAUGUGA